AUGCCUCACGAUAUACCUUACCGGGCUCAGUGGCGUGGCGGUCCAGCCAGCUACUACAUGCCUCACAAUAUACCUUACCGGGCUCUGUGGCGUGGCGGUCCAGCCAGCUACUACAUGCCUCACAAUAUACCUUACCGGGCUCUGUGGCGUGGCGGUCCAGCCAGCUACUACAUGCCUCACAAUAUACCUUAUCGGGUUCUGUGGCGUGGCGGUCCAGCCAGCUACUACAUGCCUCACAAUAUACCUUACCGGGCUCUGUGGCGUGGCGGUCCAGCCAGCUACUACAUGCCUCACAAUAUACCUUACCGGGUUCUGUGGCGUGGCGGUCCAGCCAGCUACUACAUGCCUCACAAUAUACCUUACCGGGCUCUGUGGCGUGGCGGUCCAGCCAGCUACUACAUGCCUCACAAUAUAUCUUAUCGGGUUCUGUGGCGUGGCAGUCCAGCCAGCUACUACAUGCCUCACAAUAUACCUUACUGGGCUCUGUGGCCUUUGCGGUCCAGUCAGCUACUACCUGUCUGA